AUGUCGCAGGCUAUCUCGAAACGCGAAAAGAAGAGAGUCCAAGACCGAAAUGCACAACGCGCUGCUCGCCAACGCACCAAGGACCGUCUGGCACUGUUGGAGCUCCAAGUCUCGCAGCUGCAAGGCGGCGCAGACAAGGCACUUUCGGAUGAGCUCAGGCAGAUGCGCAAAGAGCGCGACGAGUUGCGCACACUGGCCGAUCACUUAGUUACUAUCGCUGAAGCGAUGAAAUUAACAUUGAAUUCCAACGAUGAUAAAGCCGCCCAGGCUGGUACAGAAGGACACACUGAACCGGAUCCUGGUCUAAUUAGUCGAAUCUUCCUCGACUACGAAGACCUGAAGACGGUCGACUCCACGCCAUUUUCACCGCUCUGUGACACGCACAUCAUAGUACAUGGAGUAUUAAAUGGCUGGGAUGAACCUGUUAGCGAGAAUGAGGAACCGAUACAGCGCCUCUUGGCUCACUUGCAUCGCCGGUUCAUGCUUUUGCGACCAUUGGCCAGGCCGAUAGACCAGCUGGCCUUGCUGUACCUUGUUCAAAUGGCGUUCUUGUCUUUGCUCACGCAACAUAGCGGGUGCCAUUUAUAUGCGUCACAGAUCCCAGGCUGGCUACGACCAACACCAAUCCAGAUGAGCCUCCCUCAUAAUAUCUCCAUAGACAUGCUACCAUGGCCACAACUACGCUCCCACUUGCUCUCUACCCAAUCGGAAAAUGCAAUAGUUACCCAUAACGAAGCAUGCGAGACAUUUGCGAUGGAUGCGCUUCGCGACAUGUACUUUUCCCCGGCGCUGAAAUUUGAAGACGCAUACGAAAUCAGCCUUGACCGCAGACUAGCCGUUAGUCCGCAAUUUCGACAACAUUUUGCUCCAACUUCUGUCUCGUGUCCUUUCGCUGUCGGAUCGAACUUUUUCAACGCACAUCCUAAUCUCAGAGGUUUCGUUCCUGAGUUCGUCAAGGAAAUUAUUAGCAGACCACAACAUUGUACUGAGACGAUUUCCGAAUUGGCAAGUCUAUCGCCUUUUAGCCAGCCGUGCUUAAUCCUAGAGAAAGAUCUUGAAAUUCCCAAGCUCCCUUCAUCGCAGGAUAAGCCAUCGUCUCAAGGUCUAUGUGGGUCGGAAGAUACGAACUUGUUCCAUCAAGUUCAGCCAUUGAACCUGAUGGACCCGACCGAAGGCGACUUAGGUGGCGAGCCGAGUAGCUAUUGGGAUGACUCCGUGGAGCUAAUGGGCUAUGAUGACAUCGAUGCAACUUGGCUUCUGAGAUCGACUGUCACGGCUAAGAGUCACGAUCAGCUCAGCGAGGGCCAGCCUAGCUAG